UAUAUCGAAUAUCGAUCGUUCUUCUUUCAUUUCGCCUCCAAAGCUGAGGUCCUCCGUUCUUCCCCCUGUCCAUGACCACCAACGCCUAUAGUUUCAUUCGCCUCCUGAUUCCGAAUUCAAUUUCCUAUUCAAGUUACUGACAUCCAAUCAUCGUUUCAGAAUAUGGUAGGCGUUCAAGCGAGUCUUCCUUGUACCUGGGCUUUAGGAGGUCAAGAUCAUGUUAUGAAAGUAGGAUGCCGUAUCUUUCCAAUUCCAUGCUUCAGUGAUUCAGGUUUAGGUUCUUCUGGAAGUAAAUCACUCUUUUUCCAGAAGCAGUGCAUUGUACAUGGUUCUUGUAUAGGUAAACGUUGGCAUCCUAUUGUUUGUUCUAGUAAAAUGGAUGAUGAUGCAGAUACAAAUGAUUCUGAUGAUGAUAUAAAUGAGAACAAAUCUUCUGAAUCAGUUAACAAUGAAAUUCUGAGAGAAAAUCUAGAAAGAAUUAUCGGUGUAGAUGAUUCUGCUUUUUCUGGGAUUGAUCUUGCAACACUUAUUAGGAAAAAAUACGGACGAUCAUAUGAUGUUCAGCUUAUAAAGAAGGAAUUCAUGGGUAAAAAUCUCCUUGCAUUGAAUGUCAUGUGGAAGUACAUGGAACAGAGAUCUUUUCCUCUGACUGAAGAAGAGUACUUGUUGAGGCUUGAUGACGUGGCGAAUACGUUGAAAUGCUGGGGAGCUGUUUCACAUAUUCGAAACAGUUUGGAAAAAUUGAAAGAGCGACCUCGGAUUGGAAAGGCAGUCAGCAUCUUUAUAGACAUGGAUGAGAGUGGAGGGCGUACAAAUGAAUGGAUUUACAAGUAGGUAAGAAUGUGAAUACGAUCAAAUCUUGUGGUGUAAUGACAGGGGCAUAAAAGUAAUUAAGGAAUGUUGGUUGUAUAUUUACUUACCUCUAAAUCUUUCAAGAUUUGAAAAUGAAGGUAAGAAGCAAUAGAAAUGUUGCCUUGUAAUGUGAUUCUGUCAUAUUCUUUGUAAUUAAACUAGAAAUAUGUCGCUUCAUACAAUAUUUUUGGGUAAAUUGUUUUUACCAAUAUAGGCAAUGUCGGUUCAUACA